AUGGCGGGCGCGCCAGCUCCGCCAGUGUCGUCGACGAAAGCGGAGGCGUUCGCGAGCCUGUCGAUUCUGCUGCAGAUCGCCAUGCUCAUGGUCGCAUUCGUCGUCGGACAUAUCCUGCGACGUCGCAAGGUGUACUACAUCCACGAGGGCAGCGCCGCCCUGCUCAUUGGCCUCGUGGUGGGCUCCGUGGGCAACUGGCGAGGCACUCAGGAGAGCUUCAGGGAAUGGCUUGGAUUUAAGGAAGAGAUUUUCAUGCUCUUUCUCCUACCGCCGAUCAUAUUAUAUCCGCCCACUCAUCCUACCUAA